GACGACAUCACUACUCCAGUCUGUUUCUUCUUGUGGUUAAAUUGCGCAGCGACGAUCUCUUCGUUUUCGGCAAACAAGUGACCAAGUUUGCGGCUCCAAUCCAGUCAGAUCGGCUGCAAGAGACUGCUUUGACCCCACGGAAAGCGGCAGCUUUUGGGGUGGGGCACGCUCAGCACGCGUCCUGAGAUAACUCCACAGAAAAAAAGAGUUACCAAUCAGGGACGAGUAGCAAGACUGGUCUUCAAGCCAAGAUGACGCUCGCUACUACGUCAUAAACUCCCUCCCGGGAUCUCCAGGGCAGGUAUCCUGGGCCCUCCUUCCGGGAUAGAGCCUUUUACGGUUCUUUGCUUUCUUCUGUCAUUCAGCCUGGACGACAAAAGGAACAGGGGAAUUUUGGCAGCAGAACUUGAUCUUUCAGCUUGCAGAUUACCAAGACUCCAAGCGCCAUUCCAUCACAUCACCUAGUCUCCAGGGGAUAAAAAAAGUACGCCCCAGACAUGCAGGCAAAAGCAAGGAAGGGUGUCACAGUUAUUCAGUAGCCACUUAGCGUAUAAGGCGUAAUAAACCGCAAAACGCACCCGCCUGUCGGUCGCAUUGGCGUUGCAUUUUUUUGGGUUCCUCUCCUACUCGCUCCCUCGUGGAAAUCAGACAUCCAUCAAUCCACUUGAAGUGCACGGUGCCCUACCUACCUACCGCCGUCUCAUCUCACGACCCCUCAAUCCUCGACCGCCGCCCACCCUCAGCACCGCCUACGACGUACAUUUGGAGUUUUCCAUUUUCAUCCGGCUCUCAACACGAUCAAUUUGUUGUAUAGCAAGCAACUUUUGAGUUUUGCGGCGCUUUUACUUUGCAACCCACUUCCUGGGAACUUUUGCAUCGCAUCUCCAAUCCGUCCGAUCACCCUGUUGUUGCCAGCCAGGCCAUCCGUCACCACGAGACAUUUGUCAGACUCGACCCAGCCAACCGACCCUUCCCGAACUAGAACACUUCGGACUCCUGCUACCACGCCCACGCCCGUUCCACCUUGCCACAACGUCAUUGGAGAAGAACAAGAGCAAGCAUCUUUUCCCACACACACAUACACCACAACUUGACGGGACGCAACUACCACUGUCUACGACAUCCUCAAUACACUUACCCGUCCCGUACCGCUUUACGCCUGGGCGACCGUCAUCCAUCCACCAGGUGCGCUACAAAGACUGCCUUCCAGGGGCUGCGCAACGGUCUUUGUUUUGUGUACCCAAGCCCAAGCGCCUGACAUCAUCAGUCAGCCCCAAGUCGAGCCAUCUCUACCUUACCGACCAACCUCCCUCCCUCGAGGUCUAGCCCCUCCACGGCCGGCCGCACUACAGAUUUGACACAAUGUCAACCAUUCAACAGCUCAAGAAUUUUAUUCGUCAUGGCAAGCAGGCCAGGGUAGCUAACAACUACGACGAGUCCCAAAAACACGACAACUCGCCCCCUCGCCACGAUCCUGCCCCUGUUAAGAACAUGGCGCCGGUGUCGGAACCUGCGUUUGGCGGAGUGCCAGCUCACCAGCCUGCGCCGGCCGCAUACUCAGUCCAGCCAGGCAACGACGCAACGAACCGCGCUGCGCAGGCCGGUAACGUCGCCGCCCACCACGCCGAGGCCGACCAAGGUGUCCAGCAUGGAAUCCCAAAGAGCAAGAGCAAGCGCAUCGACGAGAGUAACAUUGCCAAGCUGGUAGCCGAGGAGGCUGCAAGCAAGUCUAAAUUCCCCAAGUACCCCGGUUUGGAGAAGUGGGAGCUUUUGGAGAAGAUGGGAGACGGUGCCUUCAGCAACGUAUACCGAGCUAGGGACCUCGAGGGCAAGAUGCCAGGCGAGGUAGCCAUCAAGGUUGUUCGCAAGUUCGAGAUGAGCAGUAUGCAGGGAAACAAGCAUCUGCAUCCGGAUUUCAAACCCAAGGCUCCCAAAGCUGCAGAGCGCGCCAACAUUCUCAAAGAGGUGCAAAUAAUGCGCCAGCUUGAUCACCCCAACAUCAUCAAGAUGGUCGAUUUCAGCGAGUCAAAACAAUACUACUACAUCAUUCUCGAGUUGGCACCAGGUGGCGAACUUUUCCACCAAAUUGUCAGGCUCACAUACUUUAGCGAGGAAUUGUCAAGGCACGUUAUUGUGCAGGUUGCCAAGGCGCUUGAGUAUUUGCAUGAAGAGCGGGGAGUUGUUCACAGAGACAUCAAGCCUGAGAACAUUCUCUUUUCACCGAUUCCAGUCGUACCAUCGAAGCAGCCGAAGCCGAAGCAGCCUGGCGACGAGGACAAGGUCGAUGAGGGCGAGUUCAUCCCGGGUGUUGGUGGCGGCGGCAUUGGCCAGAUCAAGAUUGCCGAUUUUGGUCUGUCCAAGAUCGUAUGGGACAACCAAACCAUGACGCCCUGCGGCACCGUUGGUUAUACCGCACCAGAAAUUGUCAAGGACGAGCGCUACUCAAAGUCGGUAGACAUGUGGGCCCUGGGGUGUGUUUUGUACACGCUACUGUGUGGCUUCCCACCUUUCUACGAUGAGAGCAUCGAGAUCCUUACGGAGAAAGUCGCCAAGGGCCAGUACACUUUCCUCUCGCCAUGGUGGGAUGACAUCUCCAAGUCGGCACAGGAUUUGAUCAGCCAUCUCCUGACGGUCGAUCCGGAGAAGCGUUUUACAAUUACUGAAUUCCUAGCACACCCCUGGAUUCGCGGUUCGGGUCCGACACCCCGCGACGAGAAGAAAUUCGCGCCGGACGGUAUGCUCCGCGCUUUCGACGCCGGAAGGCUACAGGAUGGCGAUCGCCGGUACGACUUUAGGUCACCUGGUGCUGUCAACCUGCGCGAGGUAUUCGAUGUUGGUUAUGCCGUGCACCGACAGGAGGAAGAAGGCAAGCGCCGCAAGCAGGUUGGGACCAAGGCUGGUGGAGCGCCAGCCAUCCUCAACAACCUCAACGAGGAAGAUGAGGAUGCUAGUAUGCGUGAUGCCGAUAGCGAUGAGAGUGGCGAGUACUCGCACAAGAAAGCGGGUGCCAAUACAACCCAGUCUCUGGAGCAGAGCAUGCGCAACGCCAAUAUCCGUGGCGAAAAGGAAGCCCAGCGUGGUCGGGAGCGUGAAAGUAACAAAGGUGCCCCGACGGCGGUUGGUGAGCCUCAGCAACGUGGCUAUGGACAGCACUCGGCAGCGGUGACAGCUGCUGCGAGACAGCAGGUCAGGGAUCGCAACCGACAGAAGGGAGCGUUUGAACUGAACCUCGAUGGUGCGACACUGUUGGGGAGGAGAGGAGUGAAACAGGCACCUCCCGUCGCAUGAACUUGACUUGAGGCGCCUAGGCGUCAUAAUAUGGAGCAACUGCUCUGGUUAUCCCAUGGCAUUUAACGAUACCACGCGUCUUCCACAAGAUACACCAACAGGCAUUGUUUGACUCGAUCACGGAGCAACUCAUCUCAGCAUCAGCAUUCGAACUCAUUAGGAGUGUUUCUGGAACACUCGACGGCCUUUUCGUUCGUUUAUUCAGUUUGUCUUUUUUUUUGCUAGUUUGGCCGGUUUAGUUGGCAUCUGGGCGUUCUGGUGGCAUACAAGGAGGAUCUGAGUACAGUCUCCUCGGGUUAUUUUAGCAUUUGUUUAUCGCGUUUGCCCAGUUUUGUCAAUAUUUGUUAUGUCUCGCAAUCUCACCAUGGACUUGUAUUUCGAUUGCUGUCAGGUGACGUUUUUACGCCUGGUGCUUGAGCUUGAUGAUCCUUGUAACUUUUUAAUUCUUGUCGAUUAUCCUUUUACCUCUACUUGGAUGACAGCAUUGGUAUUGUCACCAAGUGGUGUUAGAUAACAGGGGUCAGGCUUCCUGCACCUUUUAACGCUAGAUCUUGACUGGAUGACUUGCCAGAACAAAGUUCCGGAGCCUGGGCCUUGAGCAUGUUGAAAAUUCCUUGGACAAGCUUGAAAGUAUGUAAAGAAACGAGAAUGGUUAGUGUCGGAGGAUCCGCGCGGAAAUUGCAACUGAAUGUUUUUCCUUGCCGCGCGUCAGGCGUCAAGAAAUCUGCAGGGUUCCUGAACGAGUAUCAAAUUGAGACGGUUUGCACCCUAUCUUGUAGG